UUUGAAUUUAGACCGUUAAGAAAAUUGAGUAUGAGAAAUCUGUUACUCAUCUUCAUCUCACAUUCUCACCUCAAACUUGGUGUGCUAUCCAUCUGCUAACGGUUCUUGUAUUGGUGUGUUCGAAAGUGCAUCCGAAAUGCAUGCCAAAAAUCGUUCGACAUCGCAGAUCGUAGUAGCGCAUGCGCUACCAAAACCAAAACAAACCACCAAUAGCUAGUCCACCCACCCGUUCGUCCUUUGCUGCACUACAUUACGCUUUCACUUGCAAAAACACGCAUACGCACACAUUCCCGAUAUAGCUGUCAUCUGGAUACCGUCACUGCGGUCGAAAAGAUUCCAUCCAGGUUUCCCUACUCAUCGAUUGGAAAAGGAGCAAGAAAUGGUGUGAGCGGUCCGUUGUACUAAGCUCGUGAUAUUCGGAUAUUCAGUUUGCCCGUUUUGGUUUCCGCUUCAACAGAUUUACACUAGAAAUGUGAAGCCACCUUCGGGAACAGCACAAUCGAAGUGGACAGGCAACGCGACAUCGUCCUACCCUACCCCCCGUUUCUUAGUGGACGACUGAUAGGGAAGGGAACAAAAUGUUGUGCACUGCAUUGGGAAUUGUGCUGGGUGUGUUGGUCUCACUGUAUGCCUUGUUUGAGCUGCACUACUUUCUGCGGAUGUGCCUUUGCGUUGUGUCGGCGCGCUUUCUCAAGAAGCGAAUGCACAUUCUGGACACGGGCACUGUUGUAGGACUUUGUCUAACGAAUGACAUCGACACACUGUUGUACCACAUGAACAAUGCGCGCUAUCUGCGUGAGAUAGACUUUGCACGGGUAGAUUUCUACGAACGGACAGCCCUCUACCGGACGAUCCGAAGUAAAGGUGGGUCCGUUGUUCAGGGUGCCACCACCAUACGAUAUCGGCGUUUUAUUCGUCCCUUUACUCGCUUCACUAUCAGCUCGAGGAUCGUGUACUGGGAUAAUCAAUCCAUCUUCAUGGAGCAUCGGUUUCUCGGUGGAACGGAUGGUUUCAUCCACUGUAUCGCUCUCUGCCGUCAGCGUGUUAUGCAAUGUUCGGUAGAGGACGUGAUGGCAACACUGCUCAAGAGUGGCAUUGCCGUCCAGAGCACACCGAAGAAACUACCGGCCACUACCACCAGCUCGACCGAGUGUCUGGAGAAGGUGGAAACGGGUACGGGUGUUGAUUCGGCCAGCCUUUCCAAACCCGAUCUACCGCCCGAGGUGGCCAAGUGGCUCGAAUGGAACGAUAUCUCCAGCGCAAGCCUGCGUAGCGAAUGUUGAGGACAUGCACUCUCCAUCGUUCCGGUUGUCCAAACAUUCCAGGGCACUUCAGACUGAUGGCGUCUGCUAUAGUGUACGCUUUCAUGUUGUGCACAGUCCUUUCCUUAUUUCCUCCUGUCCAGUUGCUCUUAGAGCGUGAACGGAGGCGAUUGUCCCCCUUUUUAGGCCAUGUGCUUGCAAUCCAUCACCGCACUAGCCGCGCACUAGAACCUUCCCGAACUCGCCAGCUAUCUUUCUAUCUCUAUCGUUGUUGAUCCUUCUGUGGUAGUUAACAAAUGUGAAAAUAAAAUUUUCAAAGAUGGUCAGAAUCCUGCCAUCCUCACUCUUAUUUCAA